AUGGGAUCCCUUGAGCUCAUUUUGAGAUCUUUGAUUACCGGUUCAGCCACAGGCAGGAAGAUGAGUGGUAGACGAAGACGACCACGUACCCACGAUCAGGCUGGAACAACUCAUGAUGAGAUUCCUGAGCAGACCCAUGAGACGCCUGGAGAGAUUACUAGAGAUGAGUAUCGCCGAGAGAUGGACGAGAUGAGAGGUAUGCUGACGAGGUUGAUGCAAGUAGUGAAUACCAUAGCUGCUAAUCAAGGGAGGCAAGGGUCUCAAGAAGCAGGAGGCAGUGGAGAUGCACCGCCAGUCAUACCAGUUGCCCCGGCAGUUCCAGUGGCGAGAGAUCAUGGGACCCAAUUAUUGAAAGAUUUUAUGGCCUUUCGACCACCCGAGUUCCAUGGUGGCUCAGAUGCUUCAGCGGCAGAGAAUUGGAUGUUGGCAAUAGAGAAGCACCAUCGAUCGAUUGGUUGUGUUGAUGAUCGUCGUGUUAGACUCAGUACCUUUCUACUUCGAGGAGAUGCGGAGAGAUGGUGGGAGACUGCCCGCCAGAGGUUUGGAGAGAGGGAGCCGACUUGGGCCGAGUUCCAAGAGGUGUUUAAUGCGGCAUAUUGCCCUACAUGGGUCCGAGAGCAAAAGGUAUAUGAAUUUAUUGAUCUAGUGCAGGGCAACAAGACGGUGGCUCAGUACGAGGCAGAGUUUACAGUAUUAGCCCGAUAUGCUCCAGAUUUGGUUUCUACUGAAGCAAAGAAGGCUUCUAAAUUUCAAAGAGGACUACGUCCAGACAUCCGUCAUGCCUAUGGAGGAGUCCAGUGCAAUGACUACGCAGCAGCUGUUCAGCGAGCCUACGCUAUUGAGAGAGACCGUAAUGAAUGGAGGGUGAUACAAUCAAACAGGAAAGGAGCUAAUUCGUCUCAAGCAAGCAAGAAGAUGAAGUGGGCGGCCGAGCCAGGUCACGAUGAGGGGAAGGAACCACUAUGCCGUCAGUGUGGGAGGUGGCACAAGGGACAAUGCAUGGCUGGACAGGACGUAUGUUAUAUGUGUGGACAGGUUGGCCAUAUGAAGAAGGAUUGUCCGAGGAAUCAGACAGCGCUUCCAACACCCCUAGCUCAGGAGGUAACUUACUUCAAGUGUGGACAACGAGGGCACAAGGCAAAUGUUUGCACACAUCCACCGCAGUACGGAGGACAGAGGGCAGGAGGUCAGGGCCCGAGGGGUAAUCAAAGGCCACCAGCUAGGGGACCAGUGGCAGUCCAGGCAGCCGCACCACUUCUACCUGCAGCUCAGCACCCACCUAUGGCAGAGAGACCCCAUGUUCAGGGUAGAGUAUAUGCUCUCACAUCAGCUGAGGCCGAGCAGGGUAGCGGGACGAUCCAAGGUAUUCUAUCUCUCUAUGAUCAUGAUGUUCGAGUGCUUUUUGAUACAGGAGCUACACAUUCUUUUCUUGCACCGCAUGCUAUGUGUUAUAUUCCUCAUUCUUGGAUCGCGUUGCCAUAUCAUUUGAUUGUGUCUACCCCUGGGGAUAGAAUCAUGGUGGGGAGGGAGAAAUUUGAAAAUUGUGAGAUAGGAGUGCAUGAUAGGAAGUUAUUGGGUGAUUUGAUCAUUCUUGAUAUUAGUGACUUUGAUUUGAUCCUUGGUAUGGAUUGGUUAUCUCGGCAUUAUGCCAAAGUUGACUGUCGUAAGAAGACUAUUUCUUUCGAGAUACCUCUGCAGCCAGUCCUUGAAUAUAGAGGCGUCAAGCCUGUAUCUACAAUACCCAUGAUCUCUGUGAUGAAAGUAGAGAAGCUACUACGGGAUGGUUGUGAGGCCUACCUAGCUUUUGUGACUACUGAUGAAGGGAGCAAGAAGGAUUUGACCAAGGUGCCAGUAGCUCGAGAUUUUGCCGAUGUCUUUCCUGACGACCUACCGGGAUUGCCUCCCCGGCGAGAUGUGGAGUUUUCUAUUGAGUUGUUACCUGGUACCCAGCCUGUAUCUAAGGCUCCGUAUCGAAUGGCACCUAAUGAGCUUAAGGAGUUGAAGACCCAGUUGGAAGAGUUGAUAGAGAAGGGUUUCAUUCGACCCAGCUCAUCUCCUUGGGGUGCACCUGUUUUGUUCGUGAGAAAGAAAGAUGGAUCGCUACGGUUAUGUAUCGAUUAUCGCCAGCUGAAUCAGAUUGAUUUGAGAUCAGGCUAUCAUCAAGUACGAGUUAGAGAUGAAGACAUUCAGAAGACAGCUUUUCGGACUCGCUAUGGUCACUAUGAGUUCGUGGUGAUGCCUUUCGGUUUGACUAAUGCCCCAGCUAUUUUCAUGGACCUGAUGAAUCGAGCCCUUCGUGAGUAUUUAGAUUGCUUUAUUAUUGUGUUUAUUGAUGAUAUUCUAGUAUACUCACCCAGUGCAGAGGAGCAUGAGGAGCAUCUUACCUUAGUAUUGAGGAGGCUUAGGGAGGAGCAGUUAUAUGCCAAGUUUAGCAAGUGCGAGUUUUGGUUAGAUCGAAUUGGAUUCUUGGGUCAUAUUGUGUCUAGAGAUGGCAUUUCAGUGGAUCCCGAGAAGACUAAGGCAGUUAUGGAUUGGCCAAGGCCGACGACAGUGACAGAGAUCCGUAGUUUCUUGGGACUUGCUGGAUAUUAUAGAAGAUUUAUUGAAGGUUUUGCUCGUUUAUCUUCCUCGAUGACAAAGCUGACGAGGAAAGGAGUAAAAAUUCGAGUGGAACGAUGCGUGUGA